AAUAUGGGAUAAUUUGAUAGAAAAUUAUAAAGAUGGGUAUAGACCCACUUUCUGCCUUUUUACUGGGUACCUGUUGUUGUGUAUGUUGGCCUUGUCUAUUGCCGCUGUGUUUGUCUCUGCCCGUGAUCCCGUUACCGAUGUUGAUAAUACGGGAUCAGAGGCCCUGUCCUAGUCCGCAGAAUCCGCAAUAUAGAGCUGAAACUGGGUUCCCGGGCGGUUUGAGAAGCAGUCUCCGUACAUUCCCAUUUGACUUCAGUGGACAACGAUAUAACGUUAUUUGGGAUAAUAAUGACCUAGUCUUUCAGCCGACAAGUAAAGCUUUGGUUACUGAGUGAAAUGUCAUUGUGAAUGUAUUGUAUUAAAUGAUUUCAAAUGUUC